AUGGGGAAGAAGUCGAAGAAAGAGCCCAAAAAACCAAAAGUGAUCCUCACGCAGCGCCAGAAGGUGCACAAGUGGUUUCGGCUGGUUGGCCUGCUGACCGUCAGGAAGCAUGGUGCCUCCAUCCUGGCGCAGCUCUACUAUGCCUUUUUGGUUUCGGCGGUGGUGAGAGCUAUGGACAAGAUCUGGACGGAGUACUCAGAGUCCCAAGACUGCCAGUACCAGUUCGUGGCCAAUGUGACCUCCACGAUGAGCAAGGCAUACGAUGAGGCAUCCAGAGCACUGGCCACAGCAGCCCUGGACAAUACAAGGUGCAUUAUGAACACAAUCGAUGUGAACCUGCCCAGCCCUCUCCCAGACCUGCCCCUUUCAAGUCUGCCUGACGGUGUGAUGGUUCAGUUGUUUGGCUGGAUAUCUGCCCCCGACAUCGGCCUCCCAGAUGUUGAGCUAACCAUCAACACCACUGCUGACGCAGUGCUGGAGGAUAUAGAGGAUGAUGUCAGCAAGAUGUCCAAGGUCGCUCUGUGGGCCGACUACAUGGGGUUUGUCCUCGCAGCAAUUUCUGUUUUGAUCAUCCUGGGCACUGCCACCUACUAUACUGUGAAGAACAAGACCUGGAAGCCCAGCAAAAAGCGCUGGUUUAUGAUCCUGCUGAACAUUGGGAGGGCGCUGCUGUUCUACAUCAUUGCCGUCCUGGUGGUGUACAUGCAGGCGUACGCCAUGGAUCACGCUUGCGCGAUCCGAAUUCAAGACACCCAGCUGUCGCUGCCAAAGUGCGAGGUCCGCGAGGAGUGCGGGUUCUCGUGCGCCAACGAGAAGCGCCUGUACGAGAACAAGUGCCCGGAGUGCGACAUACCGCUGAAGUACUGGUGGGCCGACUGGCACUCGCUGCCCAACGUGCUGGGCGUGAUGUACACGCUCUUCCUGGGGGUGGUCUACGCCCUGGAGGCCGCCGAAACGCGGUACCAGAGGACGCUGGAGGAGCGGGCCGAGCGGCUGAAGUCGAUCAACGAGGAGGUGGAGCAGAAGUCCAAGGCCAGGCAGAGGGCGGAAGACAUGACGUCAUCACUGCUGCCCACGUAG